AUGCAGCCGCUCCAGUUUACCUUCAGGGACAGCUUCCUGAAGAGUUUGAAGAUGCUUCAGCACGAGAUCAACCAGACACAGCAGGACCUCAGCGUCGCCGUGCAAGUAGAGGCCAAGCCGACCAAGCUUGUUGACCUGAGCCCCACUGGCUCGGAGUUGGCUCUGCAAAGGGUGGCCAUCAGAAACAAGUCAAAGAGCGGCAUUCUCAAAGACCCGGCUUCUGCGGCUGUGCCCUCUGACCAGCAGGGCUCCAGCUAUGAGCAGGCGAAGGCCUGGAUGGAGAGCGAGGCCGGUCAGGAGAUGCUCAGCAAAGCUCGCGAGAGAACUCCGAAUGCCGUGGAGGUAGAUGUGGAGCUUUGUGCACCGCGACUACACUUCAAGGUGCGUGAGAAGGCGUCAGUGGAGGUGUCUUUCGGCACGCUGAAGCUGAAGACCACAAGCGAAGAUCACGACCUAGACGAGCUGGACAAGAUCGAGAUGGAGAUGACUUUACAAAAUACUCAGCUGUCUGUCCGAAAUCGAUCCGGGUCGGAGCAUGUCCUCCUCUCGCCUGUGAUGCUCUCUACGACGUUGUUCUACUCGCCGAAGGUAGCGCAAGUCUGCGUCGUUUUGGGCCCGGUGCGGAUCAAUGCCUCUCCUGUAAUGCUGCAGAUCCUGGCCACCGUGCCCAAGGUGCUGCAGGAUGCCCUGGCUGAUCCAGUCGACCCAGAUGCACCGGAGGCUGCUCUGUGCUGUGCACCCUCAGACUUUCCACAGAUGGAGCCAGUUACACAAGCCAAUGAGGAAGCACCGAAGGCGAAGGCAGCACCGAAGCAGACCUGGCAGUUCGUUCUGGACAUGGAGCACGUUGAGGUCGAGCUCCGAAGUGACGCCGAUCCCAAUGCGCCUGUGCUUCGUCUGAACGGUUGCCUGCAAGCGGUGGAAGUGCGCAUGGAGGACGACAAGGUGACCAUCCCCUUGGAGACCUCAGUGAUGGCGGAUCCAGGCGAUGACCCUGGAGGUCUGGGCCAGAACUGCCAGAAGCGCAAACAAAUGCUCCGCCUGAGCGUGGAUGGCUACAAUAUGGAGGUGGGGCGGUUCGAGCCUGCGCUCGAGUCCUUCGAAUUGGCUUGCCAAGUUACCAAAGAAGAAGUGACAGGUUUGCACGUUCAUCUAAUCGGGCGGAAACCUUUGCUGGUCAAUAUCAACCCAGUAUUCCUGCGUCGGCUCACUUGGUACGGCACACGUUUGGCGGACUCUUUGGUUCCCAUGCCCGAGAACCCUGGACCAACUCCAGUGCGCUACGCCUUGCUGAACUUGACACCGGUGAAGAUGAGGCUACGGAUGAAGCUGGUGAGUGGCGAGGUGGCCUUCAUGGACGUAGCUCCUACUGGUGACGCCUGGAGAUCAUUGGACCAUCUGGAAGUGGAGUUUCCCCCGCUCAUCCACAUUUCUGUCGCAACUCCUGGGCCAACCCUGAGGAACGCGGCGACCGCGAGCCACGCCACGGUCGAUCUUGGUCUGCUCAAUUCCGCGAGGAUCCCGAACACGCCGUACAUGGUCCAGCUGCUUCGACCGAGCGUGGAGGGUGCCCUGAUUCUGAUCUCGACGUCGGUCCGUAUCUUCAAUGAUACAACAGUUAACUUGGGAUUGCGCUUCGGCAAUCAGCAUGCGCUGUGGACGAGCUGCGCUCAGAGGAAGUUGCUGUUCGAUCAGCUGCUUCAAGAUCAUGAUCAGAAGGUGAACGAGGUUAAACACCCAGGUGCUGUUCCCUGCUGGCUGAUGCCGCGAGGCUUCGUAAGCCCGCCCCUAGUGCCGCCUACGAAGCCGGAGAGUGAGUCGGAGGAUGAGUCGGACGAAGACGAGCUUAGGGAAGAGGACAUGAAUUGGGAGAUGCGCCUGUCUUCGGGUUCGAGCGUGUGGAAGAGGGCCAAGUUGACGCAUGCUUGCAAGUUCUCCAGCAUCCAGCUCGGGUCCGAGAGCGAGAAAUUUUCUGUCCUCGCUGUGUGCGACUACGAAGUCUCCGCCCCCCCAGCUGCAGUGAACAUGCUCAAUGUGCGGCUCUUGCCUCCUCUGCAGCUGGUGUCUUGCAUGCCCUGCGAUGUGGAAGUCUCUUAUGCGCUCCAGUCUCCUUGGGAGAAGACAGACAAGCAGCACGAGUCGAUCACGCGACUCCUUGAGCAGACAGGAACCAUGCCCAUCUAUGACGUGCACUUCCCCGGUACAGUGUACAUUCGAGCCCGUCUGCUGCCACAUGGUGAAUGGUCGACCUGGGCAGAACUGCUGCUCGAGGAUGAGGACAUUGGGGAGGAAGAUCGGCUCCUGAGCCGCCUCGAGGGAGAGAUGACGGUCGAGUCGGAGCAUCAUGCGGACUUCACAAUGUCCAUCCUGGAUAAGGGCAAUGGCAAGGUGAUGCUGUGCUGCCAGACGUGGCUGAUUGACAGGUGUCACUUGGAUAUGAGCGUCACUGCUGAGAAGAAGCCUUUGGUGGAUGCUGGAGAGGGCCUCCACUUGUGUGGAUCACUUGGAACGAAGUACUGCUUGGAGCGGGACGGCAAGUUUGGCCCAAAUUUUUCACUUCCGGCAGGCCUUGCAGACUGGACCGUGACAUCUGCGCCGACAGGGCGAAUGAUGUGCAUUCGUUCGACAGCGCUUCAAGGGCAGGAGGACAACUUGGUCCGAGUUCUCGAGCUGCUGCCGCGUUACGUGGUGGUUAACGAGCUGCCCUUCGAGGUGGAGUUUAGGGCCGGCACAUUCGAUGUCAUUGUGGAUGCGCGCAAGACCCUCAUGCCUCGGUUCACGGUCGAAAGCCUGCAGUUCCGCGUCAGAGAGAGGACAUCGACCUGGUCCUCAGAGAUUCCUGUAACGGAGAACUCAGCAGGCUGCUACAGCAUCUUGCUUGGAGAAGAGUGUUACAUCGUGGAGAUCCGGUCCGACCAUGGUGUCAUGUACUUCAUCGUCCGGGAGGGCAGCAUGUUCCGACUGUCGAACAGCAUUCCUCGUCAAGUUUGCGAGAUUCACGUGCGCAACAUGAUCUUCCGCGCCCACCCUGGCGAAGCUUGUUUCUUCGCUUGGCUGGAUCCGUUUGAUAAGGACAAGGAGCUCGAAGUGGAACUGGUUAUCGGGGACGAUGACUUCAAGGUGGAUCCUCGAACAGCUUACCGAAAGAAGCUUCGCGGUGGCCUGGAGCUUUACAGCACGUUCGACAAGGACCAUACGAACUUGGAAGUGAGGAUGCGCAGCGAGACGGAGAGUACGGCGAAAACUGUGCUGGAUGUGAUUCUGCCGCGGAUUGGCGUGUCAUUGGUCGGCCGCGUGCAGAGCAG